GAUGCUGUGCACGUGCUCCGGGGUGACUGUGUGUUUGGUCGGGGGAUGCCUGUGUAUCUGGUCCCGAAGGCUGUGUACCCGUUCGGGGCGCGUGUGCRCACCUGUCCCGCGGGUUCGUGUAUCUGUCCCGGGGGUGUGUGUCCAAGCGCCGGGGGUGAUGCUCGUCCCGCCCCGCCGCCGCUGAUGUUCCCGCCGGGGUCGGUGAGUGGGUGGGUGCAGCCAGCCCGGCCCCCGGGCUCCCGGCAGGGAGGCGGGAAGGGCCGGGGCCAGCCCCGCUCUGAUCCCUCCUCCUGCUCCUUCCCCGCCCGCCGCCUUUUCCCCGCUGUCGCCUCGGCCGCCGCCGCUCACCCGGCGCAUCCCAGCGGAGCCCGUCAGAACUCGGGGCGGCGGCGUUCGCCGCCGGCCAUGGCCGUGCCCGCCGCGCUGCUCAGCCCSCACCACCUCCUUUCCUUCUGCUUCCCCGCCGCCGGCGGGCUCCUGGGCUAUGCCGACCUGGAGAAGGGCUACGAAGGCGGCGGCGGCGACGCGGGGGACUUUAGAGAAGCCACCCGGGACCUGCUGAGCUUCAUCGACUCGGCUUCCAGCAACAUCAAGCUGGCGCUGGACCGGCCGGUGAAGUCUCGGCGGAAGGUGAACCAUAGGAAGUACCUGCAGAAGCAGAUCAAGGGCGGCCCACGGAAGGUGCCGCUGCGGGACCGCAACCUGCCGCCUUCCUUCUUCACGGAGCCGGCGCUGCCCGCCCCCGCCGCCCGCGGGCCGCCCGCCAAGGAGCCGGAGAAGGGCGGCGGGGGCGGGGGCGCGGAGGCGGCCGAGUUCUUCGAGCUGCUGUGCCCCGAGUACGGCGCGCUGCUGCCCGAGCACGCCGCCCCGACCGACGCCUUCGGCGGCCGCCUGCCCGCCGAGCUGGGGCUGGAGCACGGGCUGUACGAGCUGCCGCUGCCCGCCGGCCCGCACCCGCUGCUGGGCGGGCUGCUGUACCCCGAGCCGCCCUGGAGCCCCGCCGCGCCCUGCAGCCCGCCCCGGAAAGCGCCGCCCGAGCCGCUGCGCCCGCUGUACCCCGGCGGCGCGGAGCCGGUGCCCGGCGGCGGCAGCGAGGAGCCCGGCGGGCACCUCCCCGCAGGGUUCGCGCCCUUCUUCCCCGAGUGCCCGCUGCCCCCGCCGCAGCCGCCCUACGAUUACGGCGGCGGGUACCAUCGCGGGGGCUGCCCCGGGCUGUAGGGCGGCCGCCGGGACGGCGAUGCGGGAGCGGAGCCCGGAGCCCCCGCGGGGGCGGGCGGACGCUGGGGCGGCGCGGAGGCCGCACGGGGCUCCGCAAGCCCCGCUGCGCUGAGAGCCCCGCACCCGAAACCGCGGCCACGGCCCCCGCAGGAUUCACCCUCGUGCACUGCCAGUCUCCUCCUCCUGCGGUUUGGGCGACGCUGCAAAUAAAAUGUGAAACUUUGGGUUUCUUCAGGUGUUUUUGUAGCGGCCGGUGCGCCCCCUUUCAUCCUCCUUCCUUAGGGGCCAGGGCUUGGCUGGCUGCGGGCAGACGUGUUGCGCUACCUGUAGGCGACGUGGGGACAGGGGCAGCGCUCCGCRGAGGCCGCGGGGAUCGCUCGUCAGUGAUUUCAGUCUAAACCUAAAGCUCAUGUCAACACUCGAGGCGCGUUUAACACUUUUCCCAGGCUCACGUUUGUCACAAGUGCUGGCAGGUCUUCAGCUGAGGAAACAAAGGCAAGAAAGUGAAGCAAAAUUAAAAAUGCUGCUACCAAAACUCAGAGUCCUGAAAUAUUGACAGCGUCUUGCACGAUCUUGCAAACGGCAAUUUACAGUGAUUCGUAAGUUAAUUGAUGGCGUAAGUUCGUGACAAAAAUGUACUGUAGCCGCUGCGGCCAUGUGAUUCCUACAGACUGUUGGAUUUCUUCCAGGAAUGUGUCAAAGCUCAGAAAGCAAUGCAGCUCUGUCUCAUUGUGUACAGGAGAUUAUUUGAUAAUCAUUUAAGUUAUGUAAAAGAGUCUAUGAUAGGUCCUAUAAAAAUAAAGCUACACAAUAGAUCCGAGAUCUGUGGUUGUUACUGCUAUUGAGACGCGGCGUUCAGGGGGCUUUCAUCGUGCCUCCGUCCUCUGUAAUGGUUUCUUGGCAGGAGUUAAGACAGGCAAUGGGUUUUGUCUUUUCUAAAUCUUUUGAAAUGCUGUAUUUUAU